AUGGAGGACAAUCUUCUCUAUUGUGGUGCUAUCUCUACAAGGUCUUUAAUGCAGAAAAAGGCAGACCCGAGAGCGUUUACCAUUUCGUGUACUAUUGGUUCCCUAAAAUUCGCAAAAGCAUUAUGCAAUUUGGGAGCCAGUAUAAACCUAAUGUCACUUGUCGUGUACAAGAAACUGGGUUUGGUGUAUCCUACCCCAAUAAAUAUGCGGUUGGUGAUGGUAGAUAGGUCUGUGAAGCAGCCUAUGGGCAUAUUACAUGAUGUUUUAGUAAAAGUAGCUAAUUUUAUUCUGCCUGCUGAUUUUGUAGUCCUAGAUUAUGAGGUGGAAUUUGAAGUGCCCAUCAUCUUGGGUAGAUCAUUCCUUGCAACCGGGAGAGUGAUAAUAGACAUGGAGCUGAAUGAGCUGAAGUUCAGGCUAAAUGAUAAAGAAGCACGCUUCGAGAUACACUCAUCCAUGACUCAGCAAAAAGAGAUGGGUGUUUUCUAA